CAGAAAGUUUAGAGACUGGAGUUUGAAUCUGAGGCGGGCAUACGGAAGAAGUGAGGAAUACGCAAUGGGAGAUAUGUGCCUGAUUUCUGGAUGUAUUCGCUUGGAUCGUUUUACACGUUUCUAAAGACAUACGUUACUGUAGAAGCCUGAACAUGUCUUUAUACUCCAUACCAGCCAAAAAGCACACUGCUUUUUAUGACAACUUCUUAAUGCCAAAGGUACCAGUACGCGACAGUUCAAAGGACCGAAAACAGGCAGAAAUAAACGAAGCGGAGAUAACGUCAGGAUCCCUCAAGUGCAACGACCGAUCAAUCGAUAAAUCGAAGGAGAUAAACAGGACAUAUGUCAUUUCGGCGCUUUCAAAAAGCGGUGGGCAUGACCGUGGCACACCUGGCCGUGGCCGACUCACGCUUCAAAGGAGGAAAACGGGUGCUGAAAACAACGAAAAGACAAUGAACGAGAACACUCUCAACAGUACCCCGGCACCCGAGAAACGACUGACCUUGCAACGCAGAACAAGGACUGGCUCUAUUGACAAAAGUGCAAAGAAUGAUAACAGCACUGGCAAAGCCACAGAAAGACAACGUUUGGCCAGCGGCACCGACGCUCAGCAGUCCAAAGUUUUACAAGAAUCAAAUCCUCGAACACCUGGAACUGCAGGUAUAUUUCGAUCAGUUAGUUUGCAGGACUCCGCUUCUACAAACAAAUCAAAAGAAUAUCCAAAUCCAGGGACCACACCAGGCAGAGUAAUUGACAGAUCAGCCAGAUACCUGCAAAAACAGACUACGACUAAAAGCACACUUAAUGGGGACGUCGCCAAGUUGGAGGACCAGGGCAAAACGUCAACACCUACCAGGAAGACUGUGUUUGAGAACAUCAGUUCCAAGAAGGACGUUUUUGAACGAUUGGCGGGGAGGGAAGUCCCUAAAGCAGUCAUAGUUAAAUCUGCAAAUAUGGACAGGCCAAAGACACAACCACAGAUGACCGUCGAAAAGGUCAAACCAGUUGCUACUCCCCGUUCAAACAGGUUCCUGUCGGGUGUUCAGAAAGUGAACCCUGCUUCAACUUUGUCUCCAGCCCUGGUGAAAAAGACUACACCUUUACUUAGCUCAAAACCCAACGGAAAUGCUAGCACUGUGAGGAGCUCUACCCCUUCACCAGCAGUGGUGACUCCUGCACUGACAACCACUUCUACCGAGCCUCUGGUGUUAUUCAGCGAGGUUCUGAAGCAGCAGGACAUGAAAAUGGAGAACAGUGCAGUGACAGUUGCUGUCCGAGUGAGGCCAUUCAACAUCAGGGAGAAGACUGAGAAAGCCUUGCAAGUGAUCUUCAUGGAUAACCAGGAGACUGUGGUCCAACACCCAGACACCAAACAGAGUUACUCCUUUACCUACGACUUCUCCUUCUGCUCGGUUAAUAAAAGCACCCCAGAAUAUGCCAGCCAGCAGACAGUGUAUGAGAAACUGGCAAAGCCUCUCCUUGAGAGAGCCUUUGAAGGAUUCAACACCUGUUUGUUUGCCUAUGGCCAAACUGGCUCUGGAAAGUCUUACACUAUGAUGGGUUUUGGAGAAGAAGCAGGCGUUAUCCCAAGAUUCUGUGAGGGGCUUUUCUCCAGACUGUCUUCAAUUCAGACUCAGGAGGUGACCUGUCACCUGGAGAUGAGCUACUUUGAGGUGUACAACGAGAAAAUCCACGACCUGCUGGUGGCAAAGGAUGAACAAAACCACAAGAGAUUACCUCUGAGAGUGAGGGAACACCCAGUUCAUGGGCCAUAUGUUGCUGAGCUGUCGACGAAUGUGGUGAGCUCCUACACAGACAUUCAGGGCUGGCUAGAGCUUGGCAACAAGCAGAGAGCCACUGCAGCCACGGGCAUGAAUGACAAGAGUUCCAGAUCCCAUUCUGUUUUCACCCUGGUUAUGACCCAGACAAAGACUGAGUUUGUGGAGGAAGAGGAGCACGAGCACAGGAUCACCAGCAGGAUCAACCUCGUGGACCUGGCAGGCAGUGAACGCUGCUCUUCAGCCCAGACCAGCGGAGACCGUCUUAGGGAGGGGGCGAGUAUCAACAAGUCUCUGCUGACCCUGGGCAAAGUAAUCUCAGCCCUUUCAGAGCAGGCCCAGACCAGGAGGAAGGUCUUCACCCCCUACCGAGAAUCAGUCCUCACAUGGUUGUUGAAGGAGAGUUUGGGCGGCAACUCGAAGACGGCCAUGAUCGCCACGCUGAGCCCGGCGGGCAGCAAUGUGGAGGAGAGCCUAAGCACCCUACGCUACGCCCGGCAGGCACGCACCAUCAUCAACCUGGCCAAGGUCAACGAGGACACCAACGCUAAGCUCAUCAGAGAGUUGAAAGCCGAAGUGGAGAAGCUUCGCGCUGCUCAGAUGAGCACCCAGGGUAUCGAGCCAGAGGAGAUGAGGCUGUUCCAGCAGGAGAUUGUGGCUCUCAAGAGCCAGCUCACUCAGCAGGAAAAGGAGAUGGUGGAGGCCCACAGAACAUGGAGGGAAAAGCUGGAACAGGCAGAGAUACGCAAACGCGAGGAGACCAAAGAGUUACAGAAAGCGGGCAUCACGUUUAAAGUGGACAACCGCCUCCCUAACCUGGUGAACCUGAAUGAGGACCCGCAGCUGUCGGAGAUGCUGCUGUACAUGAUAAAGGAGGGACAAACCAAGGUCGGCCAGCACAAGGCCCAGUCGGCUCAUGACAUCCAUCUGACCGGGGCUCUGAUAGCGGACUACCACUGCGUUAUCUCAAACGUCAGUGGAACGGUCAGCGUCACACCCAUGGAAAACGCCAAGACCUUUGUCAAUGGGACCCUGAUAUCUGAGUCGACAGUCCUGCACCAUGGUGACAGGGUGAUCCUGGGUGGACACCACUACUUCCGUUUCAACCAUCCGGCAGAGGUACAGUCUGGGAAACGCGUGUCUUGCUGGACGGGCUCUGGGGACGGUCAGAAGGACUUUGAGUUUGCCAAAAAUGAACUGCUGUCGGCUCAAAGAGCACAACUGGAGGUGGAGAUAGAGGAGGCUCGUCUGAAAGCCAAGGAGGAGAUGAUGCAGGGUAUCCAGAUGGCCAAGGAGCUGGCUCAGAAGGAGCUGUUAGACCAGAAGACCUUGUACGAGAACAAGAUCAACGCUCUUGAGAAUGAACUGGAGGAGGAGGGUGAGAGGAAGAGGCGCCAGGAACAGGACCAGCAGAGGGUGGUGUCCCAGAUGGUGGAGCUGCAGUCAGCCAAGACUCAGCUAGAACAGGAGGUGGACGCACACAAGAGGCGUCUCCGCCUGCACACCGAGGCCCAGGCUGCCAGACAGGCCAUGGAGGACCACAGCGUUCGACAGGCCAAGAUUGUGGACGCCCUGGAGGCAGAGAAGAAGAAGAUCAGCCGAGACCUGGAGGAAAUGCAGAGGAAGCUAGCGCUGAGGGGAAACAAGGCCCCGAGAAGCGCCGCACCUCAGUGGGACGCCAUGAAGCUGUCUCUGAUGAUCGAGGAGGCCAACAAGAUCAGUGGCAAACUCAAGAAGAACACCGUCUUCAGCAGAAAUGAGAGUUCUGAAAAGGAGAACGGAGGAGGCCAGAGGGAGGAGGUUCAGGUCCAGAACACCAAGCUGGGAAUAUCUACCUUCUGGAGCCUGGAGAAGUUCCAGAGCAACCUGGCUGCUAUGAGGGACAUUGAUGGGGGGGACUUUGCCUCUAAAGAUGACGAUGUGUUUUACGACCCCAACGAUGAAUGGGAACAAGAUAUAUCGGCCUCCUCGGCCAACGCUUCCACUUUCUCACGCCGCAGGAGCAGAAGCAUGCUGAAAAGCAGGAGGAUCUCAGGGCGUCUGUACGAGAUCCGAGUUCACCCCAUCCAGAGCCUGCACCAAAGCUCCUCCCAGUCCUCUGGCUUGAUGGGUGUGUCCAAACCCCCUUCCACCAACUCCAGCUCCCCAGACUCCUCCCUGCCCGGGAUCUGCAAAGAUCUGAUUGGCCAGACUGUUGCCCGGCUGCGCGGGUGCGACAGUUGCGAGGAGAGCGUGGCGGACAGGUUGACCUAUGACCUGUUCAUUGUGCACUCAGCCGUGAGGGCCAUCGGCAGUCUGUACAACCUUCUGGAUGACGACAGCCAGGAGAACAUGUUUGUGUGUAACCUUGAGGCCCAGACCCAGCUGGUGAAGGCCACCUCGGCCGUGGAGAGAACCGUCUUCGUCACAAUGCAGUGGCUGGCUGGCUUCAGGCCCACCUCUGGUCCUCUCUACACCGCCUCCGAAGAACUCAAGAGCCAGGUCAAGAGAAUGGGAGGAUUCUUCCAGCUUCUCAUCCAGGGCUGUGAUUCAGAGAUCUCUUCCAUGGUGACGGAGGCGGAACGGAAGAGCGCCCAGUGUCUAGACGCGGCGCUGCAGGGGAUUAGCCACCUGGCGGCCCUGACCGGCACCCAGAUGCACGUCACCGAGCUGGCUACCGACGACACCACCGGCAAGAUUGUAUCCAACAGUCAGUUCAGCCUGAGCUGGUCUCUCUCUUCACAGUUGUCCGUGAACCUGUCUCUGCUGGAGGGAACCAAUCAGGGUGUGCGCUCACUCCUGGUGGAUGGGCUGAACGUCACCAAGGAGAUGCUGAGGGAGGCUCAGCUGGCGUAUCCCAGGACCCCGGUUUUACAGAGCCUUAAAUCCAAGACGCAGGACUUGGCAUGCGCCCUCCAGAGAUACAUCCACUGCAACAUGACGGAGAGCGAGGGCAGCCCAGAGAAGGGUGGCCAGGAGCCUGAUAUCUCACACCUACACCGGCUGAGGAACACUGCAGCCAAACUCUUCCAGCUGAAUCAGGCCAUCAGAGAGCUCCACUCCUCCCUCUCCGUCGCUCUCAGAGGUAAAAUCAGCGACUCCUGCCUCAGCUCCUGCAGAGCGGCCAUCUUCUCGUCUUCCAGGAGCAUCAACGAGUUCAUCAACGGCCAACCCAAGGGGCUUGGGGUGUCCCCUGGCCUGCAGAUGCCCUGCGUUCAGACUGUCAUGGCGGCACGGGACGAGCUCCAUUUGGCGCUGCAGUCCAUGUGCGCCGUGACCAGUCAGCAAGAGUCCACAGAGAGGAGUGGGUCGGCGGGCUCCGAGAAGAGCAUUGAGGAGGGCGGCUGGGCGAGAGAGGGGGCCUCCAACAGUUUCAGAAGUAGGACAGUCCCCAAGGUUGUGUACUCUCUGUCCUCAGGGGUCUCGUCAUCCAACGAAGAUCCUCGUUGGGUCUGAAACGCAGUUAUUGAGGCGAGGCUGUAGAUUUGAGUUGUUCAGUCUUUACUCGUGUCCCUGCAUUCAUUUGCCUUCAAUUUGUUUCAAGAAGGAGGCACAAGAAAAAGGCCCAUGAACAAGUAUAGACUUUUGAGCUUCCUUUUAUGUAUGUAGCUAGCCUAUUAGCGUAGCAUCAGCAGUGAGAUACAUUAUAUCAGCUUUACAGGUCCACCCCCAGUUGCACUACUAAUAGUUAGGUUCCCAGAUGUACACUUUUUGUGACUCAGAAUUUAAAGAACAUUCUGUCACUGAUUCAAUUUGUAUUUGGUAUUUAAAUUGUUCAGUGUUUUGUAACGUUUGGAUUUUUGUUUUGCUAUCUUUAUUGGCAGUAAAAGGGGAUAACCUGUUAUUCUUAUUUUUAUAUGUAAGUUAAGAAGCAAUAAUUGACUACUCUGUAUUCUGUAAUCACACUGUAUGCACUCAGAAGAUGUUUAUAACUCAUGUUUGCACUUAAUAUUGCACAAUGGGUGUCUUAUGACUUGAUAUGAUAACUCAUAUCAAGUAUUUUGUAUCUUUUUAAGUGCAUAUCUAUCAUGUAAAAACUCAAGCACACACAAUAAAAAAAAAAGA